AUGGCUAACCGUAUUUCAACGAAACUUUCUAUUCCUCAUCCGGCGGAGGUUGACUGUUCCAUCGUGGGUGUGCUAGAACAACUUUCAGAACUCAAACCUUGUCCUGGCCGUAAAAUCGCUUUGGUAUACUCUGUAAAUCAUUCGAUGGAUAGCCACAAGGACUACCUAUUUCUGAAACGUCUCGCACAUCGUCUUCCUAUGGAUUCCUUUCGUUUUGAUUUUCGGGGCAACCACGAGACACCGGGUGUUUGGAAGCAAGGGGGCAUGGAUGAUGAUCUAGAAGAUAUUCGUGUAGUUGUGGAUUUCCUUAAGGUCAGGUAUGGCUAUGUAAUUGAUCUUGUUGUGGGACACAGUAGAGGGUCAAUUGUGGCCUUUCGUUGGAUUUGCACCUCGGAGGAAGGAGCCAGUAUAUCGGGCUUCGUUAAUGCUUCAGGACGAUAUCGGAUGAAGCAGUGGCAACGUUCUAUGUCUGCGGAAGGACAUCACGUUUGGUCUCCUAUAGUAGCGCGAAAACAGGUGUCUUUCAAAAUCUAUCCCGAGGAUAUGACGACUUUUGCAAAUUGGGAUACCUCUUUUGUUUGGGAUUCGUUCCCUGCGUCUCCAGAUGUUUUGACAAUUCAUGGGUUGUCAGACAAGGCUGUACCUUCGUAUGAUGCGAUUAUCUACGCUCGCGCAUUGAAUGAGAGAGUUCCAGGAACUCACAAUCUUCAUUUGAUGGAGGACGCCGAUCAUAAUUUUACAGGGCGUCAAGAUGAAGUAGUAGAUAUCAUUUUGGAAUGGUGGGAUAAGCACGCGCAACGUACCCUUAAAACCGGAAUCUGGAUGUCGGGGAUCAGAGGCAAGCUUUAA